AAGUAUUCUUAGCAGUGUUAGUUAAUUUGUGACGUGAUUACGCGCUGGACGCAUAUAACUGUUGCAUUGUAAUACUGCAUUAUAACUGUUAAACAAAGACCCCGUUUUAGUAAUAUUAAUUAAGAAAAUGGAAUUCACCGAUCAGAAGAAAGGCACGAAAAAGUUUAGUUCAAAAAUACCUGUGCCGAUAAAAAGUUUAAAAAAUGAAUCACGGCAGCCAUUGAAAACAUUAUUGGAUUUAGACUCAAACGUCCCAACAAAUAUACAAAACUCAAUAAAUGAAAAGAGGAAAGGGUUACGAAAAUCAAACAGUUUUUCUAUAGCUGAUACGAGAUUUGUAACAGUGAGGCCCAAUGAAGAUGUUAGUUGUGGCUUCAGUGUUUUUAACGAAAACGAUAAUAAAGAAAAUGUCACAAAUAAAAAGGCGUUAACUCCAUCAACGUUGCACAAGAAGAGACUUAAGAAUAUAAAGAAAAGUUUGAAGAGACCACAUAGUCGAGAACUGCAAGGUGUGGUAUCUAUCGCCAAGUCUCUAUCGUUUACCGAAGAAGUUACUAUCCCAAAGCGCCUAUUAGAUAACUCAAAUGUAAAACCUCAUAAAUUUUCCUGUGAUGCGACGUGUAAUCGUGUUUAUGGAAUGGAUAUAUUCACAUAUUUAUUUGAAAAAGAGGAAAAGACACCGUAUCCGACUUAUUUAAGUGUGUUAAAACACCGGGCGUUCGCAUUGAAUUGGCUGGUAGAUAUAAACAGUACAGGUGACCCAGCCGUCAUCCAAACAGCGGCGUGGUACUUCGAUACAGUGUUGACAAUACGCAAGCUAAAAGACACUGACCUGCCUGUCGCAAUAACUGCAUGUUUCUGGAUAUCAAGAAAGGUACAUGGUAAAGUCUGCACAGCACGUGCACUUGUCGAGAAGUCUGGUAGCGUUUUUGAUGCCGAACAUCUAUGUAUCGUUGAAAAACGGAUUCUGCGCCUGCUGAAAAUUCCAUGUCAGCCUGUUGUUCCUCAAGAAUUUAUAUCGUAUUUGGCUUGGUGGUGUGACAAUCAGCACCCAGAGGAGAUUUUGUUGUCUGCCUCAUUCAUAUGUCUUUGCGCAAUGACUCUGAAUUUGGAAAUGUGCCUUGAGUACCCUUCAGUUAUCGCUGCAGCGGCCAUCAGAACUGCAUUAUUACUACUAAAAAAACAAAAUUUGUCCGAGAAACUUCGAGGAUCUUUUGUGUAUCAAGCUGCUAUAAUGAAAGGCGACAAUAUAAUAGAAGUCUGUAUUGCACAAAUCGAAACCCUGAAAAUGUUAUUUACUGAUGAUUUUCAGUUUACGGCACCGAAAAAAUUAUUUAAGAACAAUUUAAGUAUUUUGGAAAAAUUGAAGAAAGAAUUGAACUAUUUGUAUAAUACAGGGGGUGAGGGCAUUGUCAGGGCAUUUUUAAUGUCUUAAUAUUAUAGUUCUAAAUGUAUAAAUUAUUAAUUAUUUUAGUUGGGUUGUUACCAUAACGUUCAGAAAAUAAAAGGUCUGCGGAAAAUAUUUUUGUGAAAAAUCUUUGAUUGGUAAAUUUUGAAAUCAGAACGUUCAGGACUUUGUCAAACUCAUGGUAGAACUAUUGAACAUAUUAUUUGUUAGUUAUAAGCUGGUCAAAUUAUUAAAAGCUACAGACAGACUAUUAAGUGUACGGUGUUUAUUUUAAAAUAUUAUUAAAUAUAUAUAAAAUAUUAUGAAACGUGAUAAUUUAUUUCCUGUGUUUAAGUAGUAAAAAUGUAAUUUGUUUAAAGAUUUAAAAUCUCUUUUGGAUGAGCCAUUUCAAUGAAGCAGUAACAUUGCCGUGUCAACCUCAACCAUUUCAACAUUAAAGUGAUAAAUUAGGAAAUGAGGAAUUAAUAAUAUGUUCUAAUAAUUAAUUGUAAAUUUAAUUAAGUUAUUUUAUUAUUAAGUGAAUGUGAAAUUAAAAGUUUUA